GUAUUGUAAAUUAAUGUAGGCACAUACAUUUUGAAAAAUGUACUAAAACAAUAUUUGUACUAAAACGUAACCUACAGCUAAGCAACUCAAGGGUUAAUGAAUCAUCGUAGGCCAAAAAAGUGCCCAUCAAAACAAAUCACAAACAGGUCUGCCACAAAACACUUUCACCAUAUGGAGCUGGAACAGGAAUUUCUUCAGCUUUCGACCAAGUUCCUUUUCUUGAACUGUGGCAGUCAGAUUGCAGAUUAUCGAAAUGAAAUCAACACGCUGCUAAACGAACUGAACGGGCUAAAUUAUCGUGGUGCAAGAAUCGGCGACGUUCGAUCUCCUGUUCGGCUAAUCGAAUCGUUCGUCAACAUUCCGGUUCACGAGGACACUCUGGUAGUGAAAGCAUGCUUUCUUAUAAAAUCACUCGUAGGCCGGCAGAAGAUUCUACUACCGGAGUCAACAACUCUCGCAUUGAUUGCGUGGCUUCGAAAAUGCCUUGAACGACGGUUCUAUCAGGUGGCUUGUGAUGUGUUGGGUACAUUGCAACUGCUCUUUUGUCGAUGCAGUGAUAUUACACAGCUUCUUGAUUUUUUCAUAUCAAACAAUGGAAUUCUAGUCAAUGUGCUUGCUGAUCCGGACUAUCGGAAAGUGGAGCCAAGAACCGUCUCUUCUGCCCUCCUUGAUCAAUGUAGUUCUAGUGAACUUUACUUAGCAGCUGUACUGUGCCUCGAGUCUAUUCUGGUUUGCUGCGAACCACUGGCUGUUGAAGUACUCGAACCGUACCUAGCAAUAGUGGGCAAUGCGGUGCUGGAUCUAAUAUUUAAAGUGCGUCCCGAAUCAUUCACUGAGCUUGCUUAUUACAGCUUGGCAACAUCCACAGUGAACUGCCUUCGGAUUAUUGUCACACUAGAAGACCCGAAUGAGUGGACAAACAGUCAGCUUGGCCGUCUUAUUGGUACUGCCAAAUCCUUCAUUAUGUACGGCAUUCCAGACGUGGGCAAAUUAGUACCCCAGCGUGUACCGGUGUCACAACAGGGCAUACCAGAACCGCAGCACAUACCCAUUAGCAAGGGAGGGAAAACAGCAAAGACACGUAAAACCCGGACUCAUCCUAAAAGCAAAAAGGGAACACAAAGAAACAAUGGUGGUGGUAAUCGAGAGCAGAAAAAAGCAACGGACGGAGAUAUCAAUCGUCAACCAUACUCAGAGGCAAGCAUCGUUUUGGAAUGGUCCGCUAAAUGCCAGCCACCAAUAGCCAGUUGCUAUCAAACGAGCGAUUCGGACUUUUCCGAAAACGAAACUUCCUCUUCCAGAGCACAAAUCGAACGGCACCGUACCGCCAAACUGCGGCAAAGCGCGCUAGUACUGAUAGGAACAUUAGCACAGCACGUUGAAAAGCGCAUCAUGUUUGGCUACUGGCAUGCUCUAUUUCCCGACGAAACCCGCACGCCUGCAACGGUAUCGCUGUUGAACUGUGUUCUUCGCGAUCCUUCUCCAAAAUGCCGCAUAGCCGCCAUCCAGGCUACAUCGUUUCUGCUCUACAAAUCAAAACCAUUUCUUAUACAGGCUGAAAGUAGCAAAAAAGCGCUCGUAUCGUUUACCCCGUUUUCUGUCACGUUGGGCAACAUGGUCAUCGAAAUGUACGCCAUGCUGACGCAAGCACUCACACUCGAGAGUGAUCUUACCGUGCUGACACAGCUGCUAAAAGGCCUUACGGUGUUCAUUCAGGCGACACCAUUUCAUCGACUUCGGACAGGAAUUGCGAGUCGGUUCGUUCGAAUCGUGCGCCCUUUAGUACGGCACAGAGAUGCAACUAUAAAGGUAGCUGCUCUGAUGGUGAUGGGCUUUUUAAUUUCCGUACCGGAUCUGACGGAAGAAAUAGCUGGUUUGGUCGGGAUAAAGAAAUUGGCACAGGCACCGACAGGCAAUGUUGCCCGCAGCAAACCAGUUUCAAAGGCAUUCGAUCUUGAACUAAACCAGGAGGAGAAGGAGGAAGAGGAAGCCCUGGAUUCCGACCCGGAAGAAGAUGGUACUUUCAAACAGGAAGACAAACAGGACGGCAUAUCACUCGAAUCGUCCAACGAUUACGAUAAUGCAGGAGAAAACAAUAUGUCCUGGUUGGUUCAGGUUACGUUGGAAAAUUUGGGCAUAAACGGCGUUGCUAGCACGGUAAUGCCGGUUCGUAUGGAAUGUCUGCAAGUGUUGUGUGCUAUGACGAGCCACUAUUCACUACUUGCUGACCAUCUUCCGCUGGUAGCGCAGGCUUUGAUCAAAGCUUUCGGUGAUCCACUGUCCGAGAUAAAGCUGUAUGCCGGCCGUCUGUUGGAUCUGCUGGGACAUGCCAUUCACACUGAGCUGAUUUUACAAGAUAAAAUCGAUCCCGAGCAGCUUAAUGUGGCGAUUCACUUCUGGGCCAGCAUCAUCCCGACUGUAACGGAACAGAUACAAGAUGUGCGUCUGGUUGCUACAUUACGCUCCGUGUGUUGCGAUGCCCUCGGUAAUGUUGGUGUGCACGUGUACGAAAAAUUCCCGCGAGAUCGGCAACUAGCACUGAUUUCUCUGCUAACCGGCUGUACCUUCGAUGACGAUAGUGCCGUUUCGUCGGCGGCAGCCCGUGCGCUUUCGGUGUACAUUCUGUUUCCGUCACUCCGGGAUGAUGUAUGCUACGUGGAAAAUACGAUUGAAUCGAUUUUAAGGAUAAUGAGAGAUCCUAAUCUUACGGCACGCAUUAAAACUAGUUGGUCGCUUGGCAAUGCUACCGAUGCGCUCAUCCUAAAUCAACAGCAUCAUCUGCAGCUUAACCAUCAAGCACUACCGGAAUCCACCAUGGAACAAGGAUAUUUGUUGAUAAGUGACGAGCUGCUUCGACGCAUCCUUGAGAUAGCGCUCGAAUCGGCUAAUGACAACGAUAAGGUGCGCAGCAAUGCAGUACGAACGAUCGGAAACGUGCUGCACCUUCUGCGGCCCGGGCAACUUGAGCAACCUACGUGGAGUCCUCUCUACCAGGACGCUAUCGAACGCUUGUUACAGAACGUAACUGUUUCGAGCACCGUCAACGUAAAGGUGAAAUGGAACGCAUGUUACGCGCUUGGCAAUAUGAUGAAAAAUGAAACGUUCUUCCUGUCUGGUGUUGGUGCUGGAACCUGGGAACGGCGAGUCUUUCCUGCACUAUGUGAAACCGUUGUCAGUUCGCCCAACUUUAAGGUACGCAUUAAUGCGGCCCAGGCUUUAUCAAUAAUAGGAAGGCGGGAGCACUAUGGUGGGUUUUUCCACCAGAUCUGGCUCGCUCUUUUGCAAGCACUCGAACAGUCAGAUAAUUUGGUAGAUUACAACGAGUACAAGCGAAGGGAUUCGCUGCAAGAACAAUUGUGUCUGUCACUAGCGCAUCUGUUACGUUUUGCGACCAAGGAAGAUGUAGUGCCGAUGGCAAGCGUUCUGUUACCACUGUAUGAUGCCGUACGAGGGAACUGGGUACGUGUGAUAAGUCGCAUACUGCCGGAGAAGAGCGCGGCCCUGCUGGAGUCGUAUCGUGUUUUGCUGGAAUUACGCAAGAGCAUCAAAGGUGGUGAUGGUGAGUCAAUACCUGUUUCGUCCUGGGACCUGCUUCUUAAAUGUUUCACAGACUCUGAUGUUUGUUGAACGGCGGAGCGCCUUCGACAGGAAGACACAUACUUGGAAGUAUAUCAGCCUACGUAUUGGAAGAAGACAACUAUCGGAGCAGCUACAACGCUGAGAUGAGCGGAAGCUCACUACUCACUAGGCAAUUUCGGACAAGACAGGGCAGCAAAGCAGUUAGACUCUUUGUUAAGAGAGAGAAGUAUGAAUAUUUAAUGGUACCCUUUAAAAUUA